AAAGUGUUCAGUAAAUGUACCUAUCUAAAAAUAGUUUAGCCCGAUGAACUAAAGAUGGCUGGAGAAUUGGAAAGUAUUGAAAAGCUUUUAGAAAAUUAUAUUCCAUCACCAGACUUAGCUGAAGUAAGGCGAAUAUUGUAUGGCAAGGAACUGAGGAAGUUAUCAUUACCACAAUCAGCAUUAGACAUUGCUAAACAAAAAGAAUUUCAACUAGAAAGUUACGGAUUUGAUGCAGCUAAAGAAGCAACUAGAACUGCACGUAUUGUAAGAGUCGGUGCUAUACAGAAUAAGAUUAUAGAACCCACAAGCGCACCAAUUACUGUUCAGAGAGAAGCUUUAGAGAAACGUAUCAGUGAGAUAAUAGAAGUAGCAGCAGAAUGUGGAGUAAAUAUUAUGUGUUUACAAGAAGCAUGGAAUAUGCCGUUUGCUUUCUGUACUCGUGAAAAACAACCAUGGUGUGAAUUUGCAGAAUCUAUAGAAAAUGGCCCAACCACUUCCUUAAUGAAAAAGUUAGCUAAGAAGUAUAAUAUGGUGAUUGUAUCUCCUAUAUUAGAACGAGAUGAACAACAUGGUGAUGUACUGGCUAAUACUGCAGUUGUAAUUUCUAAUAAUGGUGAAGUUUUGGGUAAAUCAAGAAAGAACCAUAUUCCUAGAGUAGGAGACUUUAAUGAGUCCACAUAUUAUAUGGAAGGUGAUACAGGUCACCCAGUAUUCCAAACACAAUUUGGUCGUAUUGCCAUCAAUAUAUGCUAUGGUCGACAUCACCCUCCUAAUUGGAUGAUGUAUGGUAUCAAUGGUGCUGAAAUAGUAUUCAAUCCGUCUGCUACAGUUGGUGCUUUAAGUGAACCACUGUGGCCAAUAGAAGCCAGAAAUGCUGCCAUAGCUAACAGUUAUUUUACUUGUGGAAUUAAUAGAGUUGGAACAGAAGAAUUUCCAAAUGAGUUUACUUCUGCCGAUGGAAAACCAGCUCAUAAAGAUUUUGGACAUUUUUAUGGGUCAAGUUAUUUUGCUGGUCCUGAUGGCAGUAGAACACCAGGUUUGUCAAGAACACAAGAUGGACUAAUUAUAGCUGAAAUGGAUUUGAAUUUAUGUCGUCAGGUGAAAGACAAAUGGGGAUUUAGAAUGACCCAGAGGUUAGAUAUGUAUGCUAAAGAACUAACAGAAGCUGUAAAACCAGAUUAUCAACCUCAUAUUAUUAAAGAAAAUUAAACAGAUAAACAUGAUUAUUACCCAGUAUAUAUUGGUAAAGGUAAAAUGGAAUGUAUGAAUUAUGAAUUUGGAAUUAUCAGUGGUCUAACAAUUGAUUUAAAAAAAUAAUUGGCGAAUUUUAUUUUUACAUGUAUUCAAUUUUUGCUUGUCUAACUUACUUUUACAUCAUAACGUACUUUUAAAAUCAAUUGCAACUUAAAAUCUUCUUUUAAGAGCUGCAGACAUUGUAAGAUUUACCCAUAGGCUUGGCUGGCUGAAGCCUUGGGGGCCACAAGAUCAAGGGGGCCAAUUUGUGUAAUAUUUUUAACACUCUCAUAAGCAUUUCUUACACGCUCUGUAGUCUUAAACAUCCUUCAUCAUCGCUGGUUUUGCUCAAUUGUGUUUGAAACACACUUUUUAUCUUCCUCUAGUGGGGGACUGGGAGGGCCUCAUAAGUUGAAUGGCCAUGGGCUUCUCUUUAUCUAAAUAAGGUACUGGCUGCAACUCACAAUGGUAAAGCCAUUGUAUUUUUACAGAAGGAAUUUCUCGUCAUGGUGCAUUUGCAUCACAAUGGUCAGAUACAGUUUGACUGGAAAAAAUUUGCUCUAGCAAAUAUUUUAGGAGCAGUUAUCGAUUCUACAUUUUAACAGCUUCAAACAAUUAACCACUCAGAUUAAAUGAUUAUGCAGAUAUCUAAAAUCUGAUUUCUUGACAUAUUCCUAUAACACUGUAUUCCGGUGAGUUUACAAAAAAAAUCCUCUUCCAGUAAUAUCUGUUGACUGGAUCAUUGCUUUUUGUUUCGACGAAUGACCUACACUUAUUUUAUACAGCAUUUGAUUUUAAGAGAGAAAGUUUUGAUGACUUAGUUCCUAGAAAUAAGAAUUAUAUGAUAUUUCAACUUGAGAUUUAUUUUUUGAUGUACUUGUAUAAAGAGUAAAUACUUACAUUCUUCCCUAAAUCUAAUUAAUUUUAUGCUUGCUGGUAAAUGUGAUCUGAUAGUGAUAAUGGCCACACCAAUUUGAAUGUCUGUGCUUCAAGAAACCCUGUUAAAAUUAUGCUUCUUAUUUUUUGGGGGAAAAAGACUCAUUUAAAAACCAAAUGUACUUGGUUCCACAGUUCAAAAGCUUUUAGUUCCAAAAUUCUAAGUUUUGAAAUUUAAAAUUAAUCAUCUUUUAUGUGAAUUCAGUGGCUAUUUGUUUAUCAAGACAUUGAAUAACUGGAAAUUAAUGGCCUUUUAAUGCAAACAAUAAUUUCUACAUUGGUGCUUUGUGAAAAAUACAAUUGUUCUGUUAUUAAAUUUACUACUGAUAUAUACAGUAUUAUGUGGUUUUGAUAAUUAUGUUUUGUAUACUUCAUGUAAUCAGUAUUAUUAUAUCUAUAUUAUUAAUAGUGCUUUAAUUAAAUAUAAUUGCAUAAUGCAGAUGCAUAAUACCUCCAAAUAUAUUGUUAUACAAUCAAGGACCCAAUUCUAAAAACAUUGUAAUGAUUAGUAAAUCAUUUUAUUAGCUUAAAAAGCACACAAUCUGGAGGAGAACUAUUGUGCCUUUAUUCUAAUAAACGAUAAAUUUUA